GUACACAGCAUGCGGAUGGCAUUGAUUCCUCUCUCUCUCUUUCUCUCGGUCUCUCAAGUAGAGAGAGAGAGAGAGAGCAUCAACCAUUGCAGAAAGUUGUAAAAAAAAUGUUCAAGACGAAGCUCCAGGAGGUGUGCCACAGGAAGAAAUGGGGAUUGCCGAAGUACUCGUGCAUCAAAGACGGAGCAGACCACUAUCCUCAGUUCAGAGCUUCAGUCUCCGUCAAUGGCCUCUCAUUUGAUUCACUCACCGCCUCUAAUUCCUCCAAACACGCUCUCAACGAUGCUGCUAAGCUCGCCUUCCUCCACUUCACUUCUGAUGCGAAACCCAUUGCUGCAGGACCUGAGAUUGAAGAAACAGAUAUGAGUUCUCAGAUUCAUUCAAAUGCUUCAGAUGUCAAAGCUGGUAUACAAUAUCAGUACAAGAUGCAGCUGCAGAGCUUCGCUCAAGCCAAAAAUCUCGAUUUGCCGUUGUACUCUAGUAAAAGAGAAGGCAAACCUCAUGCUCUUCAAUUCCAGGCUACAGUUACCAUUGAUGGGCAUUCCUUUGAGAGUCCAGGGUACUUUAGGACUUUAAAAGAAGCAGAGCAUGCCGCUGCAAAGGUUGCUUUGAUGUCAUUGUCGCUCGAUGGUUUUCAAGAGAUUGACACUCACUUUUACAAGAAUCUCUUGCAAGAGUUAGCUCAGAAGGAAGGCUUUACUCUACCAGAAUUUCAAACAGUAAAAUGUGGUCUGCCUCACAAGCCAACAUUCUUUUCCAAUGUGGAAGUAGAAGGAGAAAUUUUCUACGGGAAAGGAGCAAAAUCCAAGAAAUUGGCAGAACAAAGUGCUGCAAAGGUUGCUUGCACAGUUUUUACGGAGCGUAAAUCAACUAGGGGUGGUGAUCUCAGUUCAAGUGGUUCCUCAGCAGGAGAAAUGCUCAAAUGCUCUCCUAGUAGCUUGGACUUGCUUACAAAUGCCAAUCCACAACAGAGCCUGAAACCUUUAUGUUCAAUGGGUUCAUCUCCUGCCAAAGAAAAUGAAGGUGAAGAAAUAGUUUCAACUCGAGAUUUUCCAGUCCGCACCAAAGUAAGCUUGCAGGACACCACUAUUGCAUCUCCAGCAUUAUUAAACACUGAAGAAGCUCAAUCCUCUUCAGCUAGGCCACCACCUCUUGACCUCUCUGCUCUGUCGAUCACUGCUUCAAACAAGCAGAAGAAGACUGAGGAAACAAAGAGUUACUUACUCAGCAACAGGGUUAGAGUGUAUACGUGCAUUCCCAACAUUGCAUUCCCAGAGGGUACUGUACUGCUACCCAUUGCCGACUGCAAAUGGGUCGCAGUAAGCUUGGAAUUUCCAAAUGAGAAAAAUUAACUAAAUUUGUUGGCUGCUUAUCUCAUGGUAUUAUCAAGUUUAGAAUUGCUGACUUUAGUUUUAGUUUUAUUUUUAUUUUAUUUUUUUUUAAACUGAAGAAAACACGUUUUCUACUGGAUUGGUCAUACAUCUAUGCUCUGAAAGGGGUUAAAGACUUAACUUUUCAGGUUUAAGUAAUGUCAUAUCUGAGAUUGACUG